AUGACCUUCGAUACGAAGGAUAUCACCUUCCGUGGACCGAAGGUGACGGAUGGCUGCCCAGAAACAAGUAUCAUCUCCACCACCGCCGUCCUGCACUACGCCAACUCCGCCGGCAAGGCGCCCGGGCCCCUCCCCGGAGGCCCCACCAUCCAGAUCGACUGGUCUCUCAACCAGGCCCGCUCCAUCAGGUGGAACCUGACGGCGAGCGGGCCGCGGCCGAACCCGCAGGGCUCGUACCACUACGGCCUGGUGCCGGUGACCCGGACCAUCCGGCUGGCCAACUCGGCGGCAACCAUCAACGGGAAGCAGAGGUACGCGGUGAACGGCGUGUCGUACGUCAACCCGGACACCCCGCUCAAGGUCGCCGACUACUACAAGAUCGGCGGCGUCUUCUCGGUGGGCACCAUCGCCGACAACCCGAGCUCCGGCGGCGCCUUCCUCCAGACGUCGGUCAUGGGGGCCAACUACAGGGAUUACGUCGAGAUCGUGUUCGAGAACAGCGAGGACGAGGUGCAGUCGUGGCACAUCGACGGCUACGCCUUCUGGGUCAUCGGAAUGGAUGGAGGAAAAUGGUCGGCGGCGAGCAGGCAGGUCUACAACCUGAGGGAUGGCGUCUCCCGGUACACUGUCCAGGUUUACCCCAGGUCAUGGACGGCGAUCUACAUGCCCCUGGACAACGUGGGCAUGUGGAACGUCCGGUCGGAGAGCUGGGCCAGGCAGUACCUGGGGCAGCAGUUCUACCUCCGCGUCUGGACGCCGUCGACGUCGUUGCGCGACGAGUUCCCGAUCCCCAAGAACGCGCUCCUCUGCGGCCGGGCGGCCGGCCGCCAGACCAGGCCGCUCUGACUCGCGCCGGCGGCGGCGGAGGCGGACCGGAGCUUGUCAUGAGAGGAUGACAUGCUUACACAUUGGUCUGGAGAGAGUAGGCACAGAAGAUUUUAUUUACUCUGAAGAAUUGAAGGCUCGAAGAAGAGCGUGGCCUGAAUGAAGGUCUGAAACGUUGCCGGAAAGCAUAUGCCAGUUACAGUCAGAUUAGACCGUGUAAUACUACUAUUAUAGUGUUGGGUUUUGUCUGCAUUUUGCUUGAGUGAUUCCUUUGCGCAACGCAAUUGUCUUUGUGAGGGGUUACAUGGGUACAAACGAGAACGACAUGUUCUGUAGCACGCAUGUUGCUACGCUGAUCAGAUUCUUAAUAAAAGUAUCAUAUGCUCUGGAUCAUGUCUUGACUUCAA